AUGGCUGUUUCAACAUUUGAACCAACUCGCGAUGUGGAUAUUGAUUUUAGAAACAGACGAAGAAGAGGACUACAUACCGACAGCAAUAUGUGUAACCUGGAAGUCAAAACGACAAAAAAUCUUGAAGAUCCCGAAAAUCUUCGUUACGUUAAUGAGCAUACAUGUGAAUUGGUACCACUAGACGAAGCUGAACGCGAAGCUGAAGAAUGGAUAAAAUCGUGUGAGAUUGUGAUUGUAACUAAAGAAUCUAUCAAGUCAUUAUUAAGGGGAGAAAAAUCGAAAGGAAGUAGAAAAAAGAAGCAAAAAAAGAAAAAGAAUAAAAAAAACUAA